AUUCAGGCGACUACCAAUCCAGCCCAUGUAGUAAGCAGGGUUACUUUCGAACUACACCAAGAGUAACGCGACUUUUGAAGACCUAUUAGUCCGCGCAUGCCUAAAAAGUCUUGAUUCAGCUCACGCGGUACUCAGCAAGACAUCGAUUGUGCGCGGCUUCGUAAAAAUUCGUUGACAGUCACUAUCAAUUGAUCUGGAUCAUGGUAAUGGGAGUGUUAGCAGCUAUGGCCGGGGCUACAAGGCCACUCUCGGAGCUUGCGCGUCGAAUAGAUAUUCCCUUAACACCAACGAGCCCACCUGGCUUAAUAGAAGCGAACACAGUCGAUCCGUGGAGGCAAUCAGGCAAAUAUGGCCUGGGGUGGACUUAUUUCAGCCUGGCAAUCAUGGGGUUGGUGGUGCUGGUACGGAUAUGGCAUUGGUGGCAGGAUAAGAUCCGCCAAGCAAUAUACAAGCAAGAUAUGGAGAGACAUUAUAGGGAUUUAUACACCCUCGACCCCGAGUACGCGAUGGCGACAGGUAUGCACACCGGCCAAACUAAUCGACAAUUCUUUCCGGAAGAGAUGGGGGCAGGUGAGAAGAAGGACUUCAAACCCAAAUCCGACUUUUCCGCUGUCGGCCCUGUACUCGAUGCUUUGGCCCUCUUCAGAUGGGUUUUCUACCGACCAGUACAAGACAUCGUAUGGCGGAAGCACCGAUUUACAUUCUCGUCGCUUGCAGUCUUGUUUGUCGGCUUUAUUGCACUGGCAUUCGUGUCAAUAUAUGUCUUUCUCAAGCAACCCCUCUACUGGGAUAGCAUCCAGUAUGGAUCCCCUCCCGUGGCCAUUCGUUCUGGCAUGAUUGCAGUGGCCAUGACCCCUUGGAUAAUUGCGACUAGCAUGAAGGCCAACUUACUUACCCUUAUCACUGGCAUUGGACCAGAGCGGCUCAACGUUUUCCACAGAUGGGCAGGGUAUCUCUGCUUAUUCCUUGUGCUCGUUCAUACCAUCCCCUUCUAUGUUCAGCCCGUAUGGGAUGAUGGUGGUAUGAUUGUAUUUGAAAAGCUUUUCCCCGAAGGAAGUGGUGUUAUUUAUGGCACAGGUAUUGCAUGCCUAGUCCCGUUGCUUUGGCUCUGUGUUGCCUCGCUUCCUUUUAUCCGUAGGAUAGCAUACGAAGUCUUCGUUUCCCUUCAUGUCCCAGUAGGAUUCGUGUAUGUCGGUUGUCUCUUUUGGCACACGAAGAACUAUCUGGCGUCUUGGGAUUAUUUGUUUGCUACGAUAGCCAUUUGGGCAUUAUGCUCUUUUGGCCGACUUUUUAAGCUGAACUGGCUAAAACCCUGGCGGAUGUCAUUCUUAGUAGGCGAUGAGGCCGCGAUUACUCUUAUGGCAGAAAACGCCAUUAAGAUCACGGUCCCCACCCAAAUGAAAUGGAACCCUGGGCAAUACGUCUACUUGCGAAUGCCUGGGAUUUCAUUCUUCGACAAUCAUCCAUUCACCAUCUCGUCACUUUGCAGCGAGGAUUUCCCUUCGGAAUACGGCGAGGAAUACCGAGACUGCAUUAUCGUGUUCAAGCCAUACGGCGGAUUUACUCGACGAGUCUUAGAGACGGCUAUCGACAAAGGCCCAUUUCACACAUAUCGAGCAUAUCUCGAUGGGCCGUAUGGUGGUAUGCGCCGAGAACUAGCUGCGUUCGACACGUGUAUUUUAAUUGCUGGUGGAAGUGGCGUUACUGCACUAAUGUCACAGCUGUUGAAUUUGAUCAAACGUAUGCGAGAUGGCAAGGCUAUUACGAAGAAGGUGGUGGUGGUUUGGGCUCUCAAACGACUGGAGGCGAUGGAUUGGUUUCGAGAAGAGCUGCGAAUUUGUCGAGACUCGGCACCGCCAGAGAGUGUGACCUGCAAGUUUUUCGUUACUGCAGCCAAAAGACAGUCUCAAAUCCCUCCUCCUCAUGAGCGAAGACCUCGACCACUCAGCAAUAUGCUUCACGACAGACUGGAUGGCUUCGUAGCCGACGUCGCUUCAAAGCGCACCUCUCAGAUGAUACGAGACGAAGCACAAGGAAAUAUCGACUAUGAACGUCAGCUACGAGCAGAGGAUGAAGAUAGAGUCACGGCCCUUCCUCAACAAAAGUAUCUUCAACCUCAUCAUGUCCCGCCGCAAGGUCCGGUGUUAUCGAAUCGCCUGUCCGCCCAAGCAGAGUCCCUGCGGAAGCUCGAAGGUCGGGGCGGUAGUGAUGGCGAAGAUCAAGUUAACCCGUCUAUUCCACCAAACGACUUCCCUCAAGAUAAGCCUAAACGAGAAUUUCACUUCCCACCACUUCAAACCCGGCCCGAGCAGCAGCCUCAUUUCAACUACGCUCCACCCUCUCCCCGGAGAUUGCCUCUUUCUCUUGACACUGAAGGUAGCUCAGCGAACCCCCCAGAAGACAUCGUACGCGCCCCGGAACUCGCGCACCUUCGCACAACGAACUUACCAAAUCAACAUACUACACGUCCUACGUCAACAUUUGGCCCACCUUCAGGUUUUGACUUCGGGUUCCCAGAGACGCCGACCGAAUUUCAAAAGAGCCUCAUGCGCUUCGCUUUCCCAGUACCUCAUGAGAUUGACGGCGGAUGGAGUGUUGAGUAUGGCCGCCCCGACCUUGGUUACAUGCUACGGGAGUGGGCCACAGGCGGCGUGGACGGACGGGGUAUUCUGGGCCGGAGGACAGCGGUCUUCGUCUGUGGGCCGCCGAGUAUGCGUGUAGGUGUCGCAAAUACAGUUGCGAAGUUACAGGCGGAGAUUUGGGGCGACCCUCAAUUGGAAGAGAUAUUUCUACACACGGAAAACUAUGCACUAUAAGCAACGCACCCCCCCCUUUCCUCAUUCUCAAAGGGGGAUUGUAUAUACUAGGCAAAUAAGGUAUGGAUACCCGUGACGAGAGGCCGGGCUCGAAUAAUGGGAUGAUACCAAAGAUAACGAUUACUGGCGUUUUGGCUAGGGGAGAUACCAUGGCUGUAAUUAGUGGCAUGCACAGGUGGUGCAGUUGCUUUUUCGGGGCAUGUAUAUGUAUGGGUGGGUGGGUGUAGGUUAGACGGUUUUGGUAUGUAAAGCCGCACCUCAGCUACUUCUUAGAGCUAUUUAAUCAACAGCGAUCAUCGAUAUCAUGACUAAUCUGAGUUGAUUGGACUUGUUUGGAGGGUUGAGGUGGAAAAUUUGGUGCUAAUCUGAUCUUUGAGAACCUACGGAGUUUUCUGGCUUGCAAAGGGGUCGGCAUCUAGGGUUUCCCCUUGUGUAGAAUGUCCCACUUUGAGAGACAAGGAGCACAUCGUGAACUCAAGUACCGACCGAGAUACGUACUC